UGCUGUCUAAUUCUUAACCAUUAUUACAUUAAACAUGGUUUAAAUUCGAGAAAGAAUCCAUUCAUGUAGUAUCAUUGUCAUUUGAAAACUUAAUUAUGCAUUUUUUACAUUGUCCUGUAAUUUCAUAUGGGCUAAGGAUUCCAAAUUCAAACUGCCAAACCACAUUUUGACUAAGUCACGUAAGCAUGAAAUAACUCCACUUGACUCGGAAACACUUAUGCCAUUUUUCCAUUGAUAAUCUUAGUUUCAUUCGUCUUGAGUUGUUUGGCACACAGGAAUUGGCAUUCUCUUCUGAAGCAUCACAAUUGCUCAAACGAAACGUAUCUUUAUGAUUUGCAUGUGAUAUCUUUUACGAGAAUAGAAAUUCCUUGAAAAGAGCUUUGUGCCCUUAUGGAGUAUGAAAGACAAGAAAGAUUAUUUCCUUCUAUUCCAUUUUCAGUAGAAUCUCAGAAACAUCAUUCGACGUUUGUUUCACGAAGGUCAAAAGUCGUUAGCAAUUUCCACAGACCACCCCGACAGGGAAAACUACGCAAAAAACGCAGCAAUGGAACUAGCAAGCGAAAUCAAGAUCUGCAGCAGGUGUUCGUGGGAGGUCGUUUGUCAGCUGCAGGUAUCAGCCGAAUUUAUAGUUCUUUCGGCAAAUGGCGAAAAGUCACGUGGUCGCUUAUCGUCUGCGCAGCAUUCCUAUCCAUGUGCUACAUGACGUGCAAAGUUGUCAUGGAAUAUUUCGAAUACAAAAAAAUAGUCGAACAAACGGGAGUAAUUUUAGGUAAAUUGGAAUUUCCAGCCGUCACCAUCUGUAGUCCUGCAGCCAUACCUAAAUCCCCUACGGAUAUUGUUGGAGUCGAAAGUCUCUUGAAACUUCAGUACUUCUUGGAAUCUACUGGAAAACUGAGGUUUCCUACAGAAGCAAGGAAUGCUUGCGACUACCAUCCGGCUUGUGAAUGGUCCUGGUUCCAUAAUCGCUGCAGAUGCAGUUCAAAUCCCUGUGAAGCCGAAUUCUGUGAUAAUGAAGUUCCGUUGUGCUCCUGUGCCCACUUGAUGUGCGAGUAUUAUCCACAAGUGUGUUUUAGUUAUCAAAAUAGUUCAGUAGCAGAGGCUGAAGAAUCAUGUUUUUGCCAGAAUGCCGGAAAUGACAGUCACAAUCCUUUCUUGACAAUUCCAUUUUUUUCGAAAAGCGAUUCCGUGCUGAGUUAUAUAGAAGACGCAGCUGUGAGAAAUAUGUUAGAAAUAAUCAGAAGCGCCGAAGUCGAAGACCUGGUAGAUGUUGAAUGGGCUUUCCAACCUAAUAUGUGGAGCAUGGCCAAUUUCGGAACAACCUUUGAUAAUCUUAUUAUCAGCUGCAGCUUUAACAAGAAACGCUGUGACCAAAGGAAUUUUACUGUUGUUUUUACACCAACCCAUGGAAAAUGUUAUACAUUUAAUUAUGCAGGGAAAACAUCCAAAGGCCGAGCAAGAGCUGCAAUAUCUACCCAACGUUAUGGCUGGAACAGUGGUCUGCAGCUGUACAUGCAGCUUGAUCCGAACCACAUGAUCAACGUUUUAAACAAAGAUAUUGGAGUCCGUGUAGUUGUGCACGAUCCACUGCAGCCGCCGUACGUCGCUGAGUAUGGAAUGAGCAUCCGUCCUGGAGAUUCGACUGCUCUACAGAUAGAGAAAUAUCAAAUCAAUAGGCUUGGAGAACCUUGGGGCAGGUGCCUGAUGUCAGGAAAACAUUUGCCAUUUUUUAAGUCCACUUUCCCUUAUUCUCAGCUGGGAUGCCGAAGGGAUUGUCAAAACUUUUAUAUCAAGCAACGAUGCAACUGUGUCAAGCGGGGUCUUCUGCCACCAUCUUUCACGAGACCUAGUAAGAAAAAGCUAGAUUCGAUAUGCAACUUCACGAAUCCGAUGCAAAGAUAUUGUGCAGAUGAAGUAGUGGAACUAAUCGAAAAUGAAACAAUCCGAUGUAACUGUUUCCAAGCUUGCAAUGAAAAUUCUUACUACACAUCUUUAUCAGCCAGCGCAAUCAAUAAUAAAUAUUUUCACCUCGUGAAAUCAGCGAAUACAAUUGUGAGACUUGACAACGGAACUUAUAAAACAUCACACCAAUCCAACAGAACUCUGUUGGGGCUCAAGGUAUACUACAGAACGCUAUCUUUGGAAAAUAUCACAGAAAGGCCAGCCUACAGUUGGGAAACUCUUGUAGCUAACAUAGGAGGCAAUCUUGGAUUUUUCAUGGGCUUAACCAUCAUAACAUUUGUGGAACUAGUAGAAUUGUUAUAUGAUAUCCUUAUUGUAUUGAUAAAACAUCACACAACAAAAAGUAUUUCUCACACUGAAACUUUUUAAAGCUCUAAAUGUGACAAUUUUAAAUUCAUUAAAAACAUUUUUUUUAAA